AUGCCGCUCGCGUCCCUGACCUCUCGCCGCGUUUGCCCCGAUAAUGUGCCUCGUUGUUUCGGGCUCGAAGGCACCGAGCCUCCCUGUGGGAGACAUUGCCGCAGAGCUGAUCGUCCAUUGUUCCCAGCAUCCGUCGAGUGUCUCCGAGCGGACAAGGCGAGCUCGCAAGCAGGCCAACGCGGCGAGAAGACAGAGGGAGACUCUUGGGCCUCGGCGGCAUCUUCGGCGCUCGACCGUGCUAUCGCGACCGCCUCUUCUUUAGAGUUGGAACCCCCUGUGGCAUCGCGGCAGCCGGAAGACAGAACGCACUCUUCAGACCUCAAGGCGUUUGCGGCUUGUGCCUCCGCCCCGACACGUCUGCUACCUCCUUGCAGUGGCCCCCAUGCCGUUCGGAAUUCUGUCCCUGCCGACGCAUUUCUCGUCGACGCAUUCGCCGCUUUGCUUCGAAGCAUGACAGAGCCGAUACAGGAGGCGUUGCGUGCAGGAGACAUCUCCGUGCUUCGCGGGUUUCUCAGCCCACUGUCGUCCGAGGCACCAACGACAACACUGGCGCCUCACCCGUUGUCCUUCUCGGCGUUUUCGCGGCGGUCGGAGGCGCGUCGAGCCGUGGCGCUCCUCAGGAAAACGAGUCUGGACACCGCAUGUCUCUCGCCGUUUCUUCCUGCGGCGUCUGCCAGGCUCUCGGCGUCUCCCUCGGCUUGUGAAAAUCGGGUUCUUCCCGCCGCUGAGAGCUUUCUCCACUCCCUCGCGCGUCCUGCCUUGGCCACCCUGGCAUUCCUCACGACGGCGGCUUGGGGCGGGUCAGCCGGCUGCGUUUCCUCCGGGAACGGGAAGAGGAAAGUCGAGGAAAAAGCCCCGUGUCAGACGCGGCGCCAGGCCUCGCCAGACUGUCGAGAAGUUGCGCCUCCAGCGCAGAACCAUGGGGGACGACCCUCGCAUGCGGAGACCGCCCCUGGUGUACAGACGGCAGAAUCCCCGCGGCAGAGACUGGAAACGGGUGAAGAACGAGAAGUGGACAUGGAGGUGUUGGACGGCGGCGACAGCCCAAGAGGCCGCACAUGGAGAGGAGACAGCGUUACAGACGCGGACGGUUUGCGAACCGAAGAGGAGCUGGGGGAGAGUGAGGCCGAUGGGACAGAAGGUGAAGAAGCGAAGAGGCAGGCCGCUUUGCGCGUGUUCCUGGAAGACCGAAUCUUCCUUCUCGUCCAAAUUGCCGCGGUAAAGAUCGCUUUGUUCACCGUCGCCUCUGCGACAGCCGCCGCGGUUGAGGACAUGUUUCGCUCGCCGCCGCGAAGCGUUUCUUCUCCCGCUUCUGCGUCUUCUGCCGCCCGAGGAUCUGCUGCGCCGGCUGCGCUCCCUGUAUCGGUCUCACAUCCCCUACCAUCUGUCGGCGACGAGACACAAAGCGAGAGCGGGGAACGCGCAUUCCAGAGAGGAGACGCAAACGGAGACAGAGAGAAGGCGGGGCGUGCCGAGAGCCCUGGGGAGGGCGAUGGGCGAGACCGAGACGCGGAGACGAACAAAAAAGCCCGAGAGGCGCAUGCAAAGCAGAGACGCAAAUUCCUCGAUCUCGCCUGGUGGCUUCUUCUCCGGCGUGUUCACGAGGUCCUCGAGCUGACGCGCGCGCUCGCGUUCGCGUCGUCGCCCCUUGCGGCUGCUUCUGACGAGGCGGCGCCUGGGUCGCAACCCUACCCUGCAACGCUCGCUGCGCUCGAGUGUCGUGUGAAACUCGAGGAAAAUGCUGGAGAGACCGACAGCGCACGCAGAGAGCAGUGCGGCGACGGCGGUCAAGGAGAAGAAACCCGGCCCAGCCAGACACCGAACGGAACAGGGCGGAAGGUCUCCAGCGGAGAAGACGGAACAGAAAUCCCGACGCCCACUGUCGAGGCGGAAGACGAGCAGAGCAGAGGGGGACAAGACGGACAGAAAGGAGAGGAAGCAAGAGACGAAACCAGAAACGAUCAAGCAGGCGGCACAGGUGGGAAGGGGGUAGAAGAUCAAAGAAGACGUGAAGACGACAGAGAGUAUCUCGAUGUAAGAGAAAGACUGUUUCAUUCAGUGGAGCUGCUCGGACGGCUCAUGCACAGUCUGAAAGAGCUGCAGAGAAAGACAGCCGCGACGUGUGCGGCGGAGCCUCUUGCCCGCACCACAGGAAUGACGACUCCCAGAAACGAUCGUACCUCUUGCGCUCCUCCCAAGGUUGGAACGCCAUGUGACGCUCCGUCAUCCGCGACAGCCGCGGGACCUAUGGGAUCUGUUGCCUCUCGGCGGACAGAGUCACCUGGUGUCUCGGCAGCACAACAGGUAGCACGAGGCGGCGAUGAGGGAACCGAGGAGAGAGACGACGCUGCCGCGAGCUACGACGAGGCCGAGAGGUCUUGCAUUUUCACGCCAAUCGGGAACGAGUUGCAUCUCCUCUGUCGCUCGAUCGCGCUCUGCUUCGAGCUGUGGCCUUCGCUGCCGUCUCUCCAGGUGUACGAACGUCUCCUGCUUUCUGAGGGACGAAUUGAAUCUUCUCUCUCGUGCCCGUCUCCGCCCCGCACCUCUCGCCAAUCUAACACCCACUCCGCUGUCCCGCCGUCUCUUUCGUCCGACUCGUCCUCUUCUUCUGUAUCCUCUCCCGCCUCUCGCGUGUCUCCCCCGGUUUCGUCUUCUUCCUCUCCACUGAGAAUCGCGCGGGGCGUCUCCGGCCUACCGCCUUCUUCGCCUGCGCCGGCGGCGCGCGUCGCCUCUGUGCCGCAUGGCGACGCAGAAGGCGACGCGGAGACGCUUGCGAGUUCAGCGUGCGACGAGGCGCAUCCAGCGGUUUUCGUCAAUCUCGACGAGGAGGUCAUCGACGCAAACAGCGAAGAAGACAGAGAGGAGGAUGACAAAGAAAUGGAAGACAAAGAGAACGAAGACACAAAGGAGACAAGACAAAAGGAGACAAGAGAGAAAGGAGACAGGACGAAGCAAAAGGAUGGGGCAAGAGAGGCCUCGAAUGGGAGAGGUGACAACCCGAACAGAUCGGUGUUUUCGUGCGGGGUUCGUGACGGAGGAACCGAGUCAAUCGUGGAGGAUGGCGAGGAAAGCGAGACCGAUUGGUAUAGGUUGUCGCCGCUGCGUCGGCUGGCCGAAUCCGCGAAGCAGCGCGUUGCCGAGCGCGUGUACGUCGAGGAGAAUGUCUUCUUCCUGCUGUCCCAUCUCCACCAAGUUGCGUCAGAGCAAGAGGCGGUGGCCGCAACUCUCGAUUUUCUCGCGAAGCAGGGGAACGCCUCGCGGCUCUUUCUUCUGCCGCAGCGUGUAUGGACACCCUGGCAGGAGCUUCGGGCGCUGCGGAUCGACGCGCUGUCGAGGACGCAAGCGAACAUCAAGGCGCUGUGGAGGGAGAAAGACCUCUGGGGGCGGCUGCUUCACGGGAUGGCGAGCGAGGCGAGACGAACGCUUGCGCUGGACGCACACCGACAAAACGAAGUACGAGAUACCGAAGCACAAGAGAGACGGAGACCGAGCGAGACAGAGAACGAGAGACGACACCGCGAGGCAGCUGGCCAAGAGGGUGUCGACGUCUCCGCAGACGAUGCGCCAGGCGCCGCCGAAAGCGGCGCGAGCGGGGAAGGCGCUAUGGACGUGGCGGCGAACGUGGACGAAGAGAGAGACGACGCAAACCACGCGAGCGGACACGCGUUCGCUGGAGGGCGUCGUGAAGACUGGUUCCAUGCCGACUCGGAUGAAACGGAGGGAGAGAAAGGCGACAAGAGAGGACAAGACGGCAACGAGGUGCGGAGCUCGGUGGACUGUCACAGGCGCGUGUCUGUGCAAGCGCCUGGAGAGACGGAGGCGUUGGACGCACGGCGUCUCGACGCCUCUCCGGGGUCUCCUGCGCCUCCACCUAGCGCCGGGUCAAGCCGUGCUGCCGCAGAGGCAUGCAGCGGCGAUCGCCGCGAAGUCCCAAGACAAGAUGGAAACGCCGCAGAGAUGCAAGCGCCAGUUUCUCAGCGCUGCGCGAGAGAGAGAACCCGAGGUCGCGAAGAAGCUGACCGGAGCUGUGACGCGUCUUCGUCUUCCUGGCAGGCCUCACCUUCAGUUUCCUUCUCUCCAGCUGGUUUUUCCUCUGCAGCGGGGAGCUCGUCUCGAGGGCUGCGCGAGGCGCUUCUCGCUUUCUGGUCGUGGGGAGGCUCUGGCGCGGUGGCGGAGGAGAAGCGCCGCGGGUCGGGCGUCGCCGAUGGGCCGACGGGGCUGCAGCCAACCGGGGAGAGGCCAGGCCAGGCGGGAGGCGUGCCGAAGAGCGGCGAGGGGCGGACGGACGCUGGCAAGGGUGGCGACGACGUGCAGGCGAGCGAUCGCGCGGGAGAGCGAGAAACGAGGAAAGCCAGAGAAGUUGACAGAGAGGACGGGGCGGGGAGCGAACAUGGAGAAGACGGAGAAGCGAGGGGUGAAGAACAUGAGACUGCAGGAGGGAAGGAGAGAGACAAAGAGAGGCGAGGCGAAGAACAGGCUGAAGAGGGCGCCGAGAGGGGAGGAGUGUCAGACGAAAGAGGAGAGACGGAAGCAGUGGAGCCAGGGGAAGAAUCAGGAGCAAUAAGAAUGGAGGAACAGGGAGACAGAGGCGAGACAGCAGAGGCAGAGAAGAGACAAGGGGGAGAGAGUGGCAGCGAAGAAGGGGAAAAAGAGAGUGCCGAAAAAGGAAACGGGGCGAGUGCUGAAGCAGCGCAGGGGCAAGGCGGACGGAAAGAGGGACGAGGUCACGAGGGUGAAGAAGGCCAAACCGCGGCUCUCGAGCAGAAGACGGCGAUUCACGAGGAACCGCAGGAUGCGCAAGAGGAAGUCGAGGAAAUGAGCUGUGAAGAGGCCGACGACAUGGAGAGACGCAGUGCUCCCGGAGACAGGAGAAAGCGACGCAGGUCGGAGACGAGCGGGGAGGAAGACACAGAGCCUACGGGAGACAGGAACGCAAGACCAGAUGACCACGAAGGGCGCGACGUGACAGGAAGGAGACGAAGAACCUGCAGGUCUGAAGGAGAUGCGGAAGACGUAACGGAAAGCAGAAACGAAUGCGAGGAACACGGCGUACCAGGUGAUGCCGGAGAAGACGCCACAGGAGCGAAACUGGGAGGUGGCGAAGGCGACGCAGAAGAAAGCCAACAAGCUCCUGCCGAGGCAGAAGUCGACGAUGAAACUGCGCUUCGUCUCAGUUCCUGUUUCUGGCAAUCAGGCGCCAGCGUGGUCGUCGCAGAUUCCCUUCUCUCUGCAGCUGCCGACCUUGUGGCGGAUCCCGCCGCAAAGAAACGCCUGUCGUCGACCGGGCGGUCUAGUCGAGACUCCGCCCCGUCUUCGUCAUCUUCCUCUUCGCUUGCGUCUGCCUUGGCGCGCGUGUCGCCGACGCUGCGAUGGAAGGACGACGUGGAUGUGAAGCCGCGGAGCCUCCUCGAUCCGCAUCCAGGAGAGAGACGAGAAGAGUGGGAUUCGGACUCCCUGGACAACACCCCGGAGCACGGCGGAUCUGCGAGCGUUCGCCGGCGCGGCAAGGAGCGCGAAGCAGAUCGGCGACGACGCUCCAGCCGGGAGAGACGCGGCGGGCGGGUCUCCGAUGAAGAGAAAGAGAACGCGAGCAACCAACUGCGAACGCGCCGCGGAGCUAGAGAGAGCCGUGCCGCUUCCUGGUCCUCUUCGGAUGAAGGUCAAGAAGGCCGGGAGGAAGCGCACGGCGACGACCUGUUCGACGCCUCUUCGAGGAAAUACCAAAAGUACCGAGACGCUGUUGGCGAGCCCGACCACGCGCGACAGAUCCUCAAUGCGAGGCACCCCGGCGCAGGUCCAGUCUGCAGGCCUCAACGAAAAUGGCAAGCUGCGGAUGAGCAGUUGCUUGUGGCGGGUGUGAAUAUGUUUGGCGUUGGCAAAUGGAACGAGGUUCACAAGUUCUUCCCGCCACUCCGCCGCUUCUCGCCGCCCCAGCUGAAGGACAAAUUCCGGAUUCUCCAGAAACUGCUGUUCGUCUCUCGAGACAGUUACCAUUUCAUCGAGUAG